GAAGAAAAAAUUAAAUGCAGAAAAUCAUCAGACGACGGGUUAUAUUUUCGUGUAUUCGCUUCUUCCACUUUACGGUUAAACAUUCUUUUUAUCAUGAGUUUAAUUCUGAACGAACAAUUCAACAAAAAUGUGAUCGAAGCUUUUUCAUUGAUGAACGGAAAUAGCUGAAAGUAAAAUUGGCCUCAAGACAUUGCCUUUUAGAGAUUUGUUAGAUCAAGUCGGAAAUACCAGCGAAGAAGCUUUCAAAGAGUG